UAUUAAAAUGAUAAUGAGGAAAUUCUAAUAUUAGUUUAUAAUUAGCCAGUUGUUAACAACAUUGUUGAUUGUGUAAAGAGAAGGAACAUUAAGAGAUGGGUCAUUCAAAGGUUGGUUUUGCAGUAUUUACAGGACUGUUGCUGAUCUCUGUCUCUUUUGUUGUUAGUACAUCAACAACAACAGCAGCAGCACCAUCUGUACCAAGUGAUGAUAAUAACAAAACAACAGAGAAACCAUCACCAGGUAUUCCCCCAAGCAGAAGCAGCAAUGUACCAGGCAACAGUCUUACAACAAAAGUGCCAUCACAUCUAACUUCUGGCACAAAUGUGACACAAAAGACUUCUGUCCUUUCUACAACACAUCCAAGUAAUUCAAAUAAUGCACAGACUUCAAAGUCUGAUAAAUCAAGCUCAACUCCAGUGCCUUCCACUGCUAGUCCAUCAAGUGAUAACUCAUCAUCAACAACUCUUAAACAUAAAGUAACUUCAGCUGAAAAUAAAACCCCUUCCACUACAGCUAAACCUUCUAAUGAUUCAGCUUUAUCUACAUUGAAACCUAGUACAACACCUGCUGCACCAACUAAACAGCCUAGCAGUAAUAGACCAACUCAGAAACCUACUGGCUCUGUACUUCCUACUCAGAAUCACACUGACAUGUCAGCAUCAACUCAGAAAGCUGGCAGCACACCUGUUUCUACUGAUAAACCUAAUAACACACCUGUUAUGACUCAGAAAACUAGCAACAGUGUUAAAACAACUCAGAAAUCAACUUCUACAAAGUUGACAAAAACAUCUGCAUCUCUGAAUUCAAAUAAAACCACAUCACUUGUGCCAACUGCCCAACCAUCCACUCAGUCUCCAACACCGAAGUCUUCAACACAGUCACCAUCAACAGAAAAGCCUGCAGUGAAGUCACCAUCAACAGAAAAGCCUGCAACAAAAUCACCAUCAACAGAAAAGCCUACAACAAAAUCACCAUCAACAGAAAAGCCUACAACAAAAUCACCAUCAACAGAAAAACCUACAACAAAAUCACCAUCAACAGAAAAGCCUGCAACACAGUCACCAUCAACAGAAAAGCCUACAACAAAAUCACCAUCAACAGAAAAGCCUACAACAAAAUCACCAUCAACAGGAAAGCCUGCAACACAGCCACCAUCAACAGGAAAGCCUGCAACAAAGUCACCAUCAACAGAAAAGCCUGCAACACAGUCACCAUCAACAGAAAAGCCUGUAACACAGUCACUAUCAACAGAAAAGCCUGUAACACAGUCACCAUCAACAGAAAAGCCUGCAACACAGUCACCAUCAACAGAAAAGCCUGUAACACAGUCACAAUCAACAGAAAAGCCUGCAACACAGUCACCAUCAACAGAAAAGCCUGUAACACAGUCACCAUCAACAGAAAAGCCUGUAACACAGUCACCAUCAACAGAAAAGCCUGUAACACAGUCACCAUCAACAGAAAAGCCUGUAACACAGUCACCAUCAACAGAAAAGCCUGCAACACAGUCACCAUCAACACACAAGACACCACAAACAACCUCUGUUUUACCGAUAAGGCAUGAAUUUGUGUACAUCAAUGAGAUAAUGCUGGAUAAGACAGGUGGAUUUCAGAAAGUGGAGUUACUGUUGUCAAAGAAGCUUAAUGUUACAAAAUACAUGUUGGUGAUGGUGGACGGUCAGACAUACCAAACUAUGAAAAGGGUAUCCCUCAAAGAUAUGGCUGUAGAAAAGAAUGGUCUUCUCCUUGUAAUGACCUUUGAUGCUUCAAAAACUUUACCUAGUAUGAAGGGAAAAGGUAUUGGAGUGGCAAUAUAUGACACAAGUAUAACAACAAUGAAAGCUGAUUGGACAGUCAGUAAGACUGGACUUGUUGAUGCUCUUGUGAUAGGGAAAGCUUAUGACAGUGUUUCAACACAACUUAUUAAUAUACUUACUCCUGGAGUUAAUCCAUUUAUUCUUGACCCAAACAAGUACGGAAUGAAGAAGACGAUAAGCCGAUGUUCGUCAGACCAGCUCAGAAGUACAGACAUGUAUGCAUUGAUUAACCCAUCGUUUGGUGUGGACAACAAACAGAAAUGUGAAGACAGAUUGUUAGCAAGCAGUGAAUUUGCUAUCAAGAUUAAAGACAUCAAUUGUAAACUACUGGAGGACACAGAUAAACCAGUUCCAGAACACCAGAUAACUGUGAAAAAAUUGAUACAGUAUUUGGUGAAGAAAAUAAAUACUGAGUGUCAAUGUGGAGUCACACGGAUGCAUAUUAUUGAACCGCAUGUACAUUGCUGUGAUGGGGCUAGUGUGGAUAUGAAAUUUGUUGCUCCAAACAAAGAUCAACUUUUAGAACUACAACAUAGUUAUAUGUCAUUCUUGAGUACAGCAACUCAUGUCGUUGUACAGAAUCAGUUAUAUUCAAUUGAUAAAAACUGUUCUAAGAAUUGUUGUAAUGUGCCUAAACAGCCUAGAAAGCCACACCCACUGACUGUCGAUGACACUGCAAAGAAUGUGAAGGUGACUGUUGCUGUUAUAGUGAGCUGUCUCAUUGUGUUUAUGAUAAUAGUUCUUGUUGUCAUCAUGUACAUGAGGAGGAAAAAGAGUGCAGUAUAUCAAUUCCGCAUGUCUAGAUUAGAUGAGGAGGAUGAGUUUGAAGUUGACACGCCCGAACAUGAAGAUUUUGUCGGAGGUCAAGAGGCAACAUUUGAUAUCAAUAGUCGAUAUCAGUAGCUGAUAUCAACCAAUCAAAAAGCUCAGGAGACGUUUCCAUGACAACCAUUCAUCCUGUGAUAUAUAAUGAUCCAUCCAUGAUUAGCAUCCCAACGACAUAUCAACAAUAAUUUGAUACAAUGUAUAUUUUCUUACUUUUUUAGUGUUAUACCUUAAUUCAAAAAGUAUAUUAAUACGUAGUUGUGAACAACAAUCAAAUCUAAGAAAAAAAAUCAGGGUUUUUUUCUAAAUUUCUUUUGAAGACUGUGUUAUGUAUAUGGAUUUUUGUACAUGUUUAUAUUUAAUAUAAAUGGAGCAAUUUUUUUUCUAUUUAUGACAGCGAGUUGUAUUCAAAUAAACAGUAAGUGAUACAGGUUAUACCUCACUAAUGAUAUAUCAUAUUUCAUUGCUAAAUAUUUUAUAGAAGAAAAUGUAUAUUUUGGUAAUUCAAUAAUGCAUAUAUUUUGAAGAAGUAACAAAAGCAUUUGAAAAGUAGUGGUAGUGUUUGAUGUAAGUUUCAUUUUAUGAACCAAUUUUUUAUUUCAAUAGCAUCCUGUUACCUUCCUGGAACUCACAUGAUAUAUUAGCCUUUACCACCAGUAUAGAGUCAGGUCAGGCAGGCAGGCAGCACAUCCAUGCAGUCUGACCAGGCUUUAUAUUGUUGGCUGACUAUCCCUAAACUUUAAUUUUGAUGUCUCAAAAUUUGAUAAAAACAGUUCAAAAAAUGUAAGCUUAACAAGUCCAUUUAUGAAAUUAACCAGGUUACGGGUUGUUUACCCACUUAGUUUAUUAUGGG